CUAACUAAAUUCUUUCUUCUUUGCAAUAAAUUCCCACGCACUUGCUUUAUGUCAGGCGUCAUUUAUAUUCUUAAUUAGUAAUUUUACUGUUAAUUAAACGUAAUAGACUGAUAUUUUACCGUAUAAACAUGAAGAAAGUAAUAUUUUUAUGCUUGUUAUCGCUGUCUGUGUGUUUAAGCAAACCGGCUGAGAAUCAAGCUGCUCCAACCCCACCGCCAGGGCAUGCAGUUGAAACCAAGGCGCAAAACACCACAGAACCGGCACACCCUACCCCCGUAGCUACAGAGGCCCAGCCCGCUGCAAACAAAGAACAGGCACCACCAGCAAAGACAGAACCGGAGAAAGCCACCCCUCCCGCUCCCACAGCACUACCGCCGAAAGAGACAGCUGCAUCACCAACAAAAGAAACGCCUUCGAAAGAUUCCCCCAAGCCUACUGAAGAUAACAAAACACAAAACAAAGAAGAACAAACACCUAAACCCAAAGAAGAAACUACACCAACCAAAAUCACUAUCGAUACUAAAGUACCCACAGAGAAGGCAAGCACUGACAAAACGGAAGAAGGAAAAGCCAAAGCUGGGACCAAGCCCGAGACUAAAGACGUAACCCCCAAACCAAACGAGGCCCCUGUCACUACUGAAGCUCCUAAGGCUGACAAGGAUGCACAUAUUGUGCAAUCAAGAGGAUUUGACGGCCCCAGCUUCAUUGGAGGCAUCAUCCUGACCCUUGGUCUCCUCGCGAUCGGAUUCAUGGGAUUCAAAUACUAUAAGAAUCAAACUGAGAGAAACUACCACACUCUCUAAGUUUAAUAUAAAACUCUAAUUAAUAUCUAUGUAAGUGCACUCAGCUAUGUAUAUUUUUUUUAAGUAGUAAGUACUAAUUUUUUGUUAUACAGGAAGAUUUAUGUUAAGACUUUAUUUCGUGCACUUUACAUUUUAUAAUUAUUGUACAAUUGUAUUAAAAAAACUGAUUCAACAGGGUUCCUGUAGUCUCGAAGAUUUUCUAAAUGUACCUAAGUCCUACAUUUUCAACGGUGAAUGGUCACUAAUUUUGAUUUUCGAAUUUAUAGCGUAAAAGAUAUAUUUUAUGACUCACAUAAUAUUAGAUUAUUAUUAAUUAAUGUAAGCUAUUAGUUAUUUGGCAUUUAUCUCAGCCUUUCUCGUUUUAAUUUAAACUGAGCCGUUUUUGUGUAUAUAUGUGUAAUUCGAUGUUUUCCACUCAAUCUUUGCCAUGACUUAGCUUGGCGUUUGCUAAAAUUUAUAGUAGAUAUUAUAAAAAGAACUAUUUUCAGGAAUAACAAAGUUGUUUAUCACAUGUUUUGAGAUGUAAAGUUUAAAACUUUUUCAAGUGCAAUUUAGUGUAAGCAUUUAAAUUUUAUUUUACGUUCUGUGCCAUGACCCUGAUUCUAAAUUUUAUAAUACAGUUACGCGGUAGGCGGGAUCGAGGAACGGCCCAAAAUUAAUAAUUAGUAUCUGAGAUCUGUCCAUAAGUUACCACUUAGCAACAUAGUUAUUUGUCAAGAAAUGUAUUUUAUACAUUUUUGGAAAAUAACGUUGCAAAGUAACUUAUCGACAAUUAUUAUUCACAGAUAGAUUCAUUAUUAAUUGGACCGUAAAACUGCAUAAAUCGAAUUGGCUUUAAUCGGUUCACAUAAUGUCUAUGUAAAUUUUGUGUAGGGCUAAAAACACCUAUAAUAAUUUUGUUCUAAAUCAAUUUAAAUAUUCUCUAUAAAAACUGAGAGUUCCGAAACCGCGUAACUCAAGAUAACAUACUGUUUAAAAAAAUGCAUCUACAAAAAAAAAUAUGUCCACACCAAAAGUAUUUAGUUAUAAGCAAAUUAAAUAUUAACUGAUAAGGAAAACAUUGUGAUGGUAAAAGUUAGGGGCUGAUGAUUUUAUUUUUAACUAUUUGUUUUAUAUUGGUUGGGCACAAUCAGUCACUUUCGAAUCUCCCUAUAUUUUAUAACACUUUACCAAAAAUUGAACCUCACUUGCCACGUUUUUGUUUAAGCAAUAUGUCUAGUUACUGCCAAAGUGAUGAAUGUAGCAAUAAUUAUUUAUAUAAUCUCUAGCCAUUAUACAUAAAAAAAAACUCAAGCAAAUUUUCUUCACGAUUUUAAGAAAAUGUCCUUGAUACAGACAAAUACUUUUAAUAAACUUAAAUUAUUAUGAAUAUUAUUUAUUGCUUUAACUAGGCAGCUAUAUUAUACACAAUGGUAUAAUUACUAAUUUUAUCACUUUGGCUGUAACAUAUCUUUAGAAUCUCACGGAAUCUUAUGAUGCUUGUGCCGAACCAACUCAGCAUGUUUUAAUUUGAUGGUCUAGAAAGUUGAUUCCAUCCUGAAGUGCUCUUAAAUCUGAACUAUUUAUGAAUAAUUCAGAAUUUGCGUUACUCAUGUCACAGGCAAUAGUUGUGUUAAUAAAGUAUAUGUACCAGAA